AUGGCUUCGAAACCGGUUCUUGGAUUCAAGGAUUUUGAAAGACUUGCCAGGUCAAUUGGUACGUUCAAGGAAGACGCGAGUCAGGAUUCGUGUCGGUGUUUCAAGAGUUGGAAUACCAAUUUGUUCAAGUUCUACCUGGAAGCUGUUACAGAUUACAAUAUCACCAAAGACACUCACAGAUGUUUAUUUCUGAAAUGUCUAGAUGGAGGUAUACGUAUGCGUCUGGAGAACGCGGUACUGCCAAGGGAAAUCACAGACUUCGACGUCGAACAACUUAUUGAGAAGACUCAGAUGUUCUUCCAGCGUAAGUGCAAUGCAAUUGUAGAACGAGUGAAAUUACAUAGGCGAAUUCAACGGGAAGAAGAGGCUGUACAGGAGUACACCAAAGGAUUGAAACGAAUCGCAACAAAUUGUUCAUUCAAGGCAGGAGAAUACGAAGACAGAUUGAGAGACAUUUUUGUGACAGGGUUUAAUAAUGACUCUAUUCUACAAAAGAUGUAUGAGAAAGAAGACUUACUGACGCAACCAUUGGAUAAAGUGAUUCUCCUGGCUAAGACGUUGGAAGGAGCAAGAGAUAGUGUUAUGGCAACACGUGAGGCAACGACAGAAUCGCAAGGGAAAGUUUGUCAUCUACAAGGAAGAAAGUAUGUGAAGAGAGGCAAACCUUACAAUAAACGUCACCAGGCCGGACGAGGGUUUGUCUGUUUUCAAUGCGGAGAAGAAGGACACUACCAAUGGGAAUGUACGAAGAAGACGGCGAAGAACCAAGAAAAAUCAUUGGGAUUUAGGCGUGGCAGGGUUGCUAAACCAGGAGAUGUAAUUCAGAGAACAAAGAAGGUACAACAAGCUCGAAACUCCCAGAAGGUAGAUUUAGAAGGAAGCUCGUCUCAGGAGGAUGAAGAAUCAAGUUAUUGCAUUGACUCUGUUACAAAGAAUGUUUACUGUGCAGAAACUGUUCGUGAUACAUUAAGGAAACUUGAAGUGAAGGUACGAGUGGAUGACUGUUUCUUAACUUUUAGAGUUGAUACAGGAGUGGACGUUUCCUUGAUCGAUGAGAUAGAGUGGAAUAAAUUGGGACAGCCCGAGUUAAGUAAAGAGAAAGAGCAGCUACGAAAUGCUUCAGGUCGAAUCAUGAGAUUUAAGGGCAUGAUGACAGGUCAGGUUAGACUUUGCAACAACGUUGCACCUAUUCAAUUCUACGUGAGACAAGGAAAAGACUCAAACCUGCUGGAAAUGGAUUGGGUGAAAAUGGUUGGGAUGGCGACAGUGUGCAUUGACUAUCUUAAAGCUACGGGAAACCAUGGUGGUGUAAUGUUGACAGAAUCAAGUGAGAUUGCAGCACCAGUGGAGAAACUAUUACAGCAGUUCUCAGAAUUAUUUACAGAUGAACUGGGUUGCUGCAGUGAGAUUGUGGGCAUCUCUGUGCGACCAGAGGCGGAUAUGAAGGUUUCUCCAUUCCGGCAACCUCCUAUGCAUCUUCGGGCACAGAUCGAGAAGGAAUUGGAAAGGAACGUGAAAAACGGUGUAUUAGAACCAGUUAACAUCGCUCUAUGUGCUUUUCCAACAGUGAGCAUUGUUAAACCGAACGGUGAUAUUAGGAUAUGCGGUGAUUUUAAACCCCUCAAUCGGGUUAUGGUAGUUGAUCAAUAUCCAAUCCCUAUACCAACAGAAAUGUUUAGUUCCCUAGCUGGGGGUAAAAUGUUCUCCAAGAUUGAUCUGAAAGAUGCUUACAACCAGUUACGGGUGGACGAGGAAAGUCAAAAGUGGCUGGUGAUUAACACGCACAAAGGACUGUUCAAAUAUAGACGAUUACCGUUUGGAAUCAGUUCAGUGCCUGCCAUUUUCCAGAGAACAAUAGCCAAAGUCUUGGAUGGUGAGAGAGGAAUUUGCAUCUAUAUGGAUGAUAUUCUUAUCUCAGGAAAAGAUGAACAAGAACACUUGCAGAAUUUGUCCCAAGUAUUUCAAAAGUUACAGCAACAUGGUUUCCGUAUUAGAAGAGACAAAUGCUCGUGCUGUCAACCAUCUGUGCAAUAUUUGGGACAUAUAAUUGACAGCUCAGGAAUCAGAGUAUCAAAUGAAAGAGUUAAGGCAAUACAAUUGAUGAAAGCACCUAAAGACUAG